AUGAAUCCAGACACGCUGCGCUCACUUCGCAGAAUCACCGUGGGCUCUGCUGCAAUCAUCGGCGUCGGUGCUGCUCUCCUCUACUUUCAACUGCCCAGAAAUGAGCAGGAAAUGAUGGACAGAUUGCCAGAAGACAAGCGCAACCAGGCAAAGCAGAAACGCUUCAUUCGCGAGCAAUACGAGCGACAACAGCGAGCGUCCAAAGAAGAAUAG